UACACAUACAUACUUUCCUACAACAUUUUCAUCAUCCAUCAUACUCCAUACAACUAUCAAAAACAAAAUCCCUAACAAUUCCAUCCAACAUGGACCAAGAAAACGUGGUUCUCCAACCUCAUGUGCUAAUCUUUCCGAUACCAUUCCAAGGCCCGGUUAACUGUGCUCUCAAGUUAGCCGAACUCCUAUGUCUUUCCGGCAUCCACGUCACCUUCCUCAACACCCAYCACAUCCACCGCCCUCUCCUCCGCCACACUCRAGUCUUAUCCCGAUUCAGCCGCUACCCCAACUUCCAAUUCCARACCAUCCCUGAUGGAGUGGAGCAUGACAAACCAGUCUCCCGCGACGGGUUUAUGGAGGUGAUGACUGCUGURGAUGCUGUGAGUAAACCGGUUUUCCGGGAGAUGAUGAUCUCCGGUAGCCUGAGUAGGWAUUCGGAACGGCCGGUGACGGUGAUGAUCCCUGAUGCUUGCUUCAGUUUCGCGGUGGACGUAGGUAUAGAGACUUCGACUCCGGUGAUUUGCUUCGAAACCGUCAGUCCAUGCUGUUUGUGGAGUUGUUUCUUGAAUCUUCCUACGCUUAUCGAAGCUGGUGAAGUUCCCUUCAAAGGUAAUGAUUUAGACGAACCGGUAAAGAGUGUGCCGGGAACAGAAAAUAUUCUCCGGCGUCGGGAUCUUGCCAGCUUCUGUCGCUCCGACGACAUAUCAACUCCGGUUAUUGAACUCAUCCUGAAAGAAGCUCGAGCCGUUCCUCGAGCUCAAGGUCUCAUACUCAACACAUUCCAAGACUUAGACGCUCUCAUACUAACACACAUGCAAACCCUUUGUCCAAAUAUUUACCCCAUUGGCCCACUUCACUCUCUCCACAAAGCUCGGUGGGCAAAUUUGGCGAAAAAGUCGACAACCGAAAGGGGGCCUUCAUCUAUGAAUUUAGGUCGUUUGAUUGAUGAUAUAAAAGUGAUGAGAAUAAAGAAAUAG